GAUCGUCGCCCGCUCGCUCGCUCGCUCGCCUUCAUAGACACGCCCAAAUCACACACACCUAAAACUCCUCUCCCCUUCCUCCUCCUCCUCCUCCUCCUCCUCUUCCUCCGCCACUGUGAUUUUCCUCUCUCUCUCUCUCUCUCUCCUGUUUUGCUCGCACAUGCGAUUGAUUUCGCGAUUCAUAAUCGAAUCUCGAUUUCUUAUUUUUACUUUAAAAGCCUCCCCCUCUCUCUCUCUCUCUCUCUCUCUAUUUUUCUCUCUCUCGCUCGCUCUCGUUCCCAUUUGACACCGACCCUUAAAGUUUGAGCUUCUUAAACUCGGGGGGGAGUUCAUGUUGGGUUUUGGGAGCACCGCCACCGCAAGCAAUCCUGCCUCCCGGCGAUGGCAGAGCGGAAGCAGCGGGACGUGGAGGAGCUUUAUUGCGCCACGGACCUGAUUCAACAACCCGAGGCACGUUCUCUCUCUUUUGCCCUAACCGCUCCUCUCCCCCCCUCCCUUCCCCCCACCCUUCCGUUCCCGAUCAGUCCCCCUAAUCACUUCCAUUUCAAUUCUCCCCUCUUGAAUCCUUCGAAUCUGUGCCCAAAAAUUUUAAAAAAUUAAAAAAACCCUCUGCUUUGAGUCGAUUGGUCCUUCCUUUGGUGCGCCGAGGCAAUUAGGGUUUGGGCUCAAUUUGAUCCCCUUCCCUUCCUUCGCGUUUCGGUUUUCUUUUCUUUUUUUUUCUCUUUUGAAGUCUGCGCAUCUCCCUCUUUUCUCCUCGCUGAUUUCGGUGCUUACGAGCCCCCGAUGAUCUGAUCCUCCCACCAACGAUUGAAGAGUGCCGAGCGCUUGUUCUUGGAAAAUCUCUCAAUUGAUCUGGAUGCUGUCCUUUUAGAUCACACCAGUGUUGAAAGGGCGCUGUCGCAUGCAAGGGCCGGGGGACGAGGCCUAUUCUAAUUCAAGAAGGAUUCGGUGGCUAAUCAGGUACCAUCUCCAGAUGUCAAAGGAUUUGGGGGGCCUUCCAUGAGUCAGAAGAAAGUUAACAUUACAGCAGAGUCUGGUACCUGUAAUGUGUGCUCUGCUCCUUGCACAUCUUGUAUGCAUCUUAAUCAAGUUAUUAUGGGAUCCAAAAGGAAGGAAUAUUCCGAUGAAACCUGUCUCGAUGGUGUAGCCAGCCAAUAUUCUGCUAAUGACUAUGAUGUUUUGCGGCCUUUAAGUGGUGCAUCAGCACACAGCCCACAAGGCACUGCUGACGAAACAAGUCGUCCACAGGGGUUCAAUUCUGGGUAUUCCUGUGAUAAUACUAAAAACAAACCAGCUUCAACUGAUGCGUCCGGUGCUUUAGAUGAGGAUUUGACAGUACGCAAGCUAUCUGACAGGGAAAAACUUUCUGAAACUUAUCUGCCUCCUAAACCUUGGUCUAGUUCCGUGGAGAUUAAUAUUUCAACCGAGGAUUCCAAGCCAGUGGAAGGCCAAGAUGAUAAUAUAUCCUGUGUUAGCAGUGGCAAUGAUCUAAACUCCAGGGCUAAUAAUGAUGAUUCCUAUAUAGACAGAAAAGUUGCUCCCUCUAGUUCAGUUUCAAGUGGCAAUCUGUAUCCAGAAGGAAUGAGAGUAUCAAUUCAAGAAGAUGGAAGUGAAAGAGAUGAUCAGGAAAUUCCAUUAGGAGAUUUUAAAUCUCUUAAUGAAGAUAACCAGGUUGAAAAGUUAACUGAAUCACUUGAGACCCCUGACGUGCCAGACCCUUCACCACAAGUUCUGCCUGAGGAUGAGAGUGAGGGAUCGGAUAUCCUGGAGCAGGAUGUCAAAGUUUGUGAUAUCUGUGGGGAUGCAGGUCGGGAGGAUCUACUCGCUAUAUGUAGUAGGUGUAGUGAUGGUGCAGAACACACCUAUUGCAUGCGAGAAAUGCUUCAAAAGGUACCAGAAGGUGACUGGGUGUGUGAAGAAUGCAAGUCAGCUGAUGAGAAUGAAAACCAGAAGCCAGUCUCUCCAACGGUUAUAGGACCAGGAUCAUCAAAGUUGUGUGGCUCCACUAGGAGAGUCACAUCAUCAAGGGAUUCUUGCUUCAAGAAUAUUGAUAAGGGAAAAGCGAAGCUAGCUCGUCAAAUGUCAUGUGUAAAUUCUGUUCAAGACUUCCCAGAGGGUGCACGCUCCCCCAGCCUUCCAAUCUUCGAUCCAAGGAAGUGCUUCUUCUGCAUCAAUCACGAUACUCAUCUCUGUACUUGUGGUUAUCUUUUCCUAGGUACUUUAUUGAAGUCCAAUUCAUUUAAUGCCUUCAUUGCAAAGCCAAAAGUAAAAGUGAUUGACGAAGGAAUGAUUCAGAAGCACAAAAGCAUAAGGGAGAAUUCUUCCUUCAUUUCAAAGGAAGGGCCUACCAAAAUAAUAGGCAAAUCGAUGUCAUUCAAACACGCAAAUCCAGGCCGUCCACUUGCUGUUGAUGCCAAAGUUAAAAUGCUUCCAACUAAACUCACCCAUGUUCAGACUCCAAAAGGAUCUAAGAAUCUUAAAGAAGGGAGUGUGCUUGAUAGGAUGAGUUUACGUAAGUUAGACCGCACUUUUUCAAGUCUAACAAGGGACAAUUCUACUCCGUCUACACCUAAUUCUGAUCAGAAGCUUACAUCUUGUGGGGAACCUUUGCAAGGCUCACCUUUGAGCAACAACCGAGAUUCAAAGCUUGCACAGUCUGAUGUUAAACCGGCUGUUUUGGUUAAAUCUGCUGAAUACAAGUCAAAUCAGCUUGAUCAGAAAGAAGAACCCUUAACUAGUUCUUCUCGGACUGUCGAGAAACAUUGUAUUGAAGGCAAUGGCCUUCGACAUGAUGGGUUGUCUCGCUCAAAGGGCUUGGCAAAUCACACUGACAAAGCCCGGGAUUGUUCUGUUAGUCGCUCAAAGCCGGCAGUUAUAAGUGGUUCAAGAAGCAUUUUCUGUCAAAAAUGUAAAGAAGUCGGUCAUGAUGCAGAGUCUUGCCCUGUUAGUAGCUUGCAGGUUGGAACAGAUGUUUCAAUGACCAGAAGUAUGAAAGAAGAGAUUACAACAGUAGUAAGACUAAAACUCCGAUACGUCUCGAGGAAAGUUAUGUCUGCUGAUGGGCCAUAUGAAGGGCAGGCAGUUCGUCAGAGCUGUACAUCUGAUUCCCGCUUGCAGAUGAUUGUUUUGCCGUCUGCUAUUUGCAGGAUAUCAGCUAUUCCGGAGCAUGAGUGUAUCUGGAGAGGGAGUUUGGAGGUGUGCAGAGGCAGUCAGCAGCUAGAUUUUUGUGGUGGACUUCAAGCACAUCUGUCUACUUUGGCUUCACCUAGGGUUCUUGACAUGGUGAAGAAGUUUUCAAAUAAACUUUCCUUGAGCGAAGUACCUAGAAGUUGUACAUGGCCAACCCAGUUUUAUGAUAGUGGUGCUCAAGAUGAUAAUAUUGCUCUUUACUUUUUCGCGGAGGAUCCCGAGAGUUAUGAGAGGAGCUACAAGGUCUUUGGAGAAGAUGAUCAAGAGUGA